CGACGCCGUUUUUCCUCUUAAAAGGGCAAAAAAAAAGGAGAAGAAAUCAGAAAAGCGUGCGCGACUCGCCCCCUUUCUCCAAUCUCCUUCCUAGCCUCCACCACCGCCGCAAGGAGGAGCCGUGUUUGCCGCCGUCCGUCGCAUUCAGGGGAUUGUCUCCUCGAGUCUUCGUGCGUCGCAGGCGUUCAAGUCUUCAUCUGUUCGCAAUCAUCAGUCUCUGGCGCGCAGGUUCUUCCUCGAGCUCGGCGUGCGUUGUCUUCGUCUGUCGCUGUCCGUCCUCCUCUGCGAUCGAAGAAGAGCCUGAGUUCUCCAAUUCUGUUAAAAGAGGGAUUGUUAUUGAACCUGAAAAGCUUAAUGAUGAUGAUGCAAACUUGAUCAAGAAACCAGAGAAGCCAGUGGUAUGUGCACGCUGCCAUUCGUUGAGGCACUAUGGGAAAGUAAAGGACCCAACAGUAGAGAACUUGUUACCGGAUUUCGACUUUGAUUAUACGGUGGGAAGGAAGUUAGCAUCAACAUCAGGGACCCGAUCAGUGGUGCUGAUGGUUGUGGAUGCAGUGGAUUUUGAUGGAUCAUUUCCACGGAAGGUUGCAAAAUUGUUGUCUAAGACAAUUGAGGAUCAUUCCGCUGCAUGGAAGCAAGGCAAGUCAGGGAAUGUGCCAAGAGUGGUACUUGUGGUGACAAAGAUUGACUUGUUGCCUAGCUCAUUGUCACCAACAACAUUGGAGUAUUGGAUUAGGCAAAGAGCGAGAGAGGGUGGAAUUAACAAGAUUACUAGUUUGCACAUGGUGAGUUCACUACGGGAUUGGGGACUGAAGAACCUAGUCGACGAUAUAGUUGCACUAGCUGGGCCUAGAGGGAAUGUCUGGGCUGUUGGGGCACAGAAUGCAGGAAAGAGUACAUUAAUAAACUCGAUAGGGAAGUAUGUUGGGGGGAACAUUACACACUUCCAAGGCAGGCAAAAUUAUUCGAUACACCUGGCCUUCUUCAUCCUCACCAGAUCACAACACGGUUGACGAGGGAAGAGCAAAAGCUUGUUAACAUGGGCAAGGAGUUGAAACCUAGGACAUAUAGAGUUAAGGUUGGUCAUUCUAUUCACAUAGCUGGUCUAAUGAGGUUGGAUAUUGAAGAAACAUCCCUAGAUACUAUUUAUGUCACAGUGUGGGCAUCUCCUUAUCUUCCACUGCAUAUGGGUAAAAUAGAAAAUGCACCCAAAAUAUUCCAAGACCAUUUUGGCUGCCAACUACAGCCUCCAAUUGGAGAGAAACGAGUUCAAGAGCUUGGGAAUUGGGUGAGAAGGGAGUUCCAUGUUAGUGGGAACAGUUGGGGGUCAAGUUCUGUAGACAUUGCUGCUUCUGGGCUUGGUUGGUUUGCCAUUGGACUCAAAGGAGAUGCAGUUUUAAGUGCUUGGACAUAUGAAGGUGUUGAUGUUAUUCUUCGUAAUUCUUUAUUACCUUACAGAUCACACACCUUUGAAGUUGCUGGAUUCACAGUUUCCAAGAUUGUGUCUCAGUCUGACAGAGUUUUAAAUAAGUCACAUCAAAGAAGUGAUAAAAAAGCCAAAGGGGUUGACUCAAAAGCACCAUUAUCGAGUGAUCUUGACUCAUCAAUGUUGACAUCUAACUGAAGCAUGUAACACUGGUGUUCACAGUAAUGUGACAAUGAAAAAAGUGAUUUUGACUUUUUUUGGAUACAUCUAAAAUUAAUGUAUUUGUAUUUAAUUUUUAUCCAGAUACAUGAUAUAUUAAUCCAUGAUUGUACCAAAAAAAAAAGUUAAAAUGACAAUUAUUGUAAACUGGAAUAAAAAUAGAAAUAGAAAUUGAUUA